AUGUUAACUCUCUCUCCUAAAACCCUAUCCUCUUCUUCCUUCACUCUGCACAAAUCGCAAAACCCCAGACGCAAAUCCCCAAAUUCAGGUCGAUUCCGGAGCUCCAAAUGGAGACCCAGUCCCAUUUCCGUGAAAUCCGAGGUUCACAUUGAGAGAGAUCUCGAAUUCGAGACAGGAGAUACGUUUUUCCGCCAUGAAAGUGCCAGAGGCCGUGACCUCGGCGUGCUCUCGGCCACUCUCUACAAGAGAUCAAUUGGAAGCUUACGGGUACUCGACGCAAUGUGCGGAUGCGGAAUCAGGUCGCUUCGUUACCUCGUGGAGGCGGACGCCGAUUUCGUGAUUGCCAACGACGCCAACGACGAGAAUCGGAGGAUAAUCACCGAAAAUCUGAGAAAAGUAGAGAGAGGCGAAGGAGACGAGAGGAAAUGGGUCGUGACGCAUAUGUUAGCCAACAAAGCGAUGAUUGAGCGAUACAUGAUUGGGGAUUUCUUCGAUUUGAUUGACAUCGAUUCGUUUGGCAGCGACUCAGCUUUCCUGAGAGAUGCGUUUAACGCGUUGAGAUUGGGUGGUUUGCUUUACCUGACUUCAACAGAUGGCUACUCUUCUGGUGGUCACAGGCCUUACAAUUCGUUAGCAGCUUAUGGAGCGUUUAUUAAGCCAAUGCCGUUUGGGAAUGAGGUUGGGCUGCGGAUGCUUAUAGGUGGAGCAGUGAGAGAGGCUGCUCUGCUUGGUUAUCACGUGACGCCUCUGUUCUCGUAUUAUUCUUAUCACGGACCUGUGUUUAGAGUCUUGCUUCGUGUUCACCGUGGGAAGCUACACGAGGACAGGAACUAUGGUUUUGUUACUUUCUGUCAUCUCUGCGGCCAUUCUAAUACAGUGAGAUGGGAUGAGCUUGGACUUAUGGGGUGUGCUUGCAGUGAUACGAAGGCUUCUUCUUCACUAGUAGUGUCAGGACCGAUGUGGCUUGGACCGCUUCAUGAUGCAUCGUAUGUGAAUGAGAUGAUGGAAUUGGCGAAAGAAUGGGGGUGGAUCGGUGAAGGGAUCGGUAUGGAUCUGGAGAAGCUUCUCAGCAUAAUGAUUGAAGAGAGCGAUCCAAGACUACCUCCUGGAUACACCAAAAUGGAUGAGGUAGCAAGCCGUGCGAAGAUGAACUCACCUUCGUUGAAGAAGAUGAUGAAUGCACUUGUUAAGGAGGGAUACGCUGUUAGCAGAUCUCAUAUUAUCUCUAAUGCUCUCAAAACAGAUUGCCCCAUGUCGCACUUUAUAAGGAUUGCCAAAGAUGAAAUGCAGAGAGUUGAUUAA